AGUCGGGACACAGGUGCUCGGGAUGGAGGUAUUAUUUUAUCAUAUGUGAGACACGCAGCAAAACAAGAUAACUUAACGUUUUCACUAAUUAAGUCUCUCAUACUGGGCGGAUAUUUACGCUUAAAACAUGUGGGAUCUGCGUUUCACCCACCCGUACACCGACAAAGCCCGAGAUUAGAGACCUGCGAGAUUAAUGGCUAGAAGGCCCGUCUACAGCUUGGAUUGGCUAUUUCAGCACGAACUACUCGCGCAAGAGGCGGGGCUUGUCUGAGAACAGGUGCGGAAAAAUAACACGGACCUGCUCCCAAUCAGAAGCGCCAGGCUAAUAUUGUCCCUCACAAGUGGCGUAAAACCACAUUAUGCCAAAUUUCACCUCGCUGAUUGUGGUUUGUGUAGUUUUAUGUGUUACUACUGUGUUCGCGAGACCACCGGAGAACCUGCCUUUGGAACUGACGGACUCCAGUGAGGAGACCAAAACAGACCUGACAAAAUCCUCUAAUGGAAACUUCCAGACAGAUGGCGAGAGUACAUUAAGGCAGAGGUUCAACCGUCUUCCAGGAGUGUGCAGGCGUUUGAAGAGAAGGAGAAUAACAGUUCUGUGCAACGUUGAAAAGUACUGCUCUGCUUGGAGAGACUCUCAGCAUGGCCAUAUCUGCUCCUGUCCCAAAGCAUCAAAGUGCACUCACUUUUUCUUAAAGAGCUUUUAAUCUCACAUUACAAUGAUUUGUGAGAAAAUGCACGAAAAUAAAUACUCUUAUCUUAGAGACGUUAACAGCUUUGCAAGGAAAAUGAAGUCGUAUACAUGAAACAAAGGCUAAAAAAAAAGAUACAGCAAGAACUCUCUCUGUUUAGUUUAUUCCUCUAUU